CUUUCUUCCAUACAUACUACACUUUGGGCACAAAACACAGCCAGUUCUUGCCUCAGUGAGUGUGGAGGUUUGAGCGUGGAACUACAUCGAACGGGAACGGCUCUGCGUGUUGACUCAAUAUUUUUGCCUGAGAAAAUAGUUGGAAAGUAGCCCUUAAUUGGAUGUCGCGGUGCUUCUUGCAUCAUUAUCUGUGAUUUGGGGGUGCACUAAGUCGGAAGCAAGCGCUGGAAAAUCCGCAAACAGCGGAAGUGCCCAUAAAGAGAAGAUAUCGGUCAAACAUUGGGAGAUUGAUUACUUUUCGAUUGCUUCCGCUUAAAGCUAUUGUUUUUCGGGCACGCGAGUGUUUCUUACCCUCGAAUUUAUUCGUGAUAAGAUUGUUCGGUGCGAAAAAGAAGACGAUCGACUGAUAAGGUUUAUAAGUAAACCUUUGCGACAAGAUGGGAAAGCAGCUAAGUUUGGAGGAUAUUCUAGGCUUAUGUGGCAUGGUUGUCUACUGCCAGGAGAAUCCGAUGCAUUUGAAGCGUGCCAACACGGACAAGCUGCGGGAAGUGUUCACCAAAUAUGCCACACACGAAGCCAACGGUGAGCUCUUUAUGACGAGCGAGGAUUUUGUACGGGGCUUUCUUGGACAAUCCUACAAUGAAGAUUCGGUGAUGCUACUGGCCGGCAUUGCGGACUCUAGCAAGGAUGGGCUGAUCUCGUUCGCCGAGUUCCAGGCGUUCGAGGGUUUGCUCUGCACGCCGGAUGCCCUGUACAAAACCGCCUUCCAGCUGUUUGAUCGCAAUGGUAACGGUUCGGUGACGUACAGUGAGUUUGUCGAUGUUUUCAAAAAGACAGAUCUGCACGCUAAAAUCCCGUUCAAACUGGACGGUCCAUUCAUACAGCUCUACUUUGGUAAGGACCGGCAGCGUGUGAUCAACUAUGCGGAAUUUUCGCAGUUCUUGCAUGAUUUUCAUGAGGAGUGCGCGCUGGAAGCGUUCCGCAUGAAGGACACUUCCGGGUCCGGGUUUAUCUCGGCGCUCGAUUUUCAGGAUAUUAUGCUGAAUGUGAAGAAUCAUCUGCUCACGACCGAGGUGAAAGAUAAUCUCGUUGCGGUAACCGAGGGGCACAAAGUCAGUUUCCCGUACUUUAUGGCAUUCAAUUCGUUGCUAAACAAUAUGGAGCUCAUCAAACGGAUUUAUUUGAACGCAACCGGGGGCAGUCGGACGGAUUCGAUAACGAAGGAUGAACUGCUGCAGUCUGCCCAAACCAUGAGUCAAAUCACCCCGCUGGAAAUUGACAUCCUGUUCCAGCUAACCGGAGCGAUUCAUCAGACCGGGGUUUGGUGGAAGCGUAGAAAAGUAAUUGAGCGGAAUAGACGGAUUGUUUACGGCGAUCUCAGCAGUAUUGCACCGGAGCACUAUACCAAGCACAUCACACAUCGGCUAGCAGAAAUCAAAGCCGUGGAAUCGCCAGCCGAUCGGUCCAUCUUCAUUCAGCUGCUGGAGAGCACCUACCGAUUUACGCUUGGUUCGAUUGCUGGCGCCGUCGGGGCCACCGCCGUAUAUCCGAUCGAUUUGGUCAAAACUCGGAUGCAAAAUCAGCGAACAGGUUCGUUCAUCGGUGAGGUAGCCUAUCGGAACUCAUGGGAUUGUUGUAAAAAGGUAAUUCGUCACGAGGGCUUCCUCGGGCUGUACCGGGGUUUGGUGCCACAGCUUAUGGGUGUAGCGCCGGAGAAGGCUAUCAAACUAACGGUGAAUGAUUUCGUUCGGGAUAAGCUUACGGAUAAACAGGGCAUUAUCCCCCGCUGGGCGGAAAUCGCGGCUGGUGCCUGUGCUGGAGCCUCCCAGGUAAUUUUCACCAACCCAUUAGAGAUUGUCAAGAUACGGCUGCAGGUCGCGGGAGAGAUUGCUGGUGGAGCGAAGGUGCGGGCUUGGAAUGUUGUCCGAGAGCUGGGACUUUUCGGGCUGUACAAGGGAGCCCGGGCAUGUCUGCUUCGUGAUGUACCGUUUUCCGCCAUAUAUUUCCCCAUGUAUGCCCACACGAAAGCUGCCUUCGCCGACGAACAAGGCUACAAUCAUCCACUGACACUGCUCGCGGCCGGUGCGAUUGCCGGUGUUCCCGCGGCUUCGCUUGUGACGCCAGCUGACGUGAUCAAAACACGCCUCCAGGUUGUCGCUCGAUCGGGACAGACCACUUACAGCGGGGUGAUUGACGCGGCGCGGAAAAUCAUGGCCGAAGAGGGACCACGUGCCUUUUGGAAGGGAACAGUUGCUCGUGUCUUCCGUUCAUCACCUCAGUUCGGCGUUACGCUGGUUUCAUACGAACUGCUCCAACGGUUGCUGUACGUGGACUUUGGCGGAUCGCGUCCCGCUGGUUCGGACGUGACCACAGCCAAACUUGAGCUCACGAAGGUUAACCCGGAUCAUAUCGGUGGCUACCAGGCGGCACUGCCUAUGUUGAACGGAAUCGAAACGAAGUUUGGCUUGUGCUUACCACGUUUCUCUCCGACUGUGAAGUUGCCUUUGAAACAGCAACAGUCUUGAUUAGCUUGGUGGGGUCGUGGUGAGAAGAGGAAAGGCAAUGAGCGCUGGAGUAAUUUUUUCUGGUAGAGUUAUCGGGAAGCGAACAGAGGAUGUGAGACUGAGGGUGGUGGUGAGCGAAUGUUAACAUACAAGUAUUUAUUGAGGUAGGAAAAAAGUAGCAAGAAAACAGUUUGAAUCAGGAAUUGGAGGCUCGUUGGUGAGCAAUACCAACAUUAGAAACACACCAACACAAACAAAUACUUUAGUUCGAUCGUAAGGUUUUGGCACAGGAAACACACAUACAAAUAAAGUUUUUAGAAGUAUUGUCAGAUUUCACUCUAACGUUCUAUCCUAAUAUCAUUGUAUAUUUUAUUAAAUUUUACUCUAAAUGAUUUUAAAACGUUUUCAAGCUGCCAUAAACAUUGUCAAUCCCGUUAAUCCAUUGGUACAACAUUACAAUCUUGGAGUAUUUCGAAUAUGGAAAAUUUGUAUGUAUGUUAUUUGUGGUUCAACAAGUGCUGUUUUAGUUCAUCUAUUGAGUGAGAUUAACAAUUGUAAUGAUAAAUUGUUGUUCGCGGAAAAUAUAAGGUUGGGGAGAAAGAAAUCUAUCAUUUUUGCGUGCAAUUUAAAAUUUUGUUUAAUGUGUUUCAGAUUGUCCGAUUUGGGUUGAAUAUACACCGUUUUGUUGUAUUUUUUCCAUUCUAAAGGUAACUUCAUAAAGCCUUAUUUAUAGAGGGCUUGGUUUUCAUUGGCGAAAAACUCUAGUAAACUCUAGAUUUUUACAAAUCUCUAUUGAUCCCAAUUUCUUAUCACUCAGGAAGUUUUGCAAUGCGAGAAAAAGGUGGUAAUCGCUUGGGGCAGGUCCGGACUAUAUGGAGGACGCAUUAAACCAUUCCAAUUAAGCUUCCGGAGUGGUGUGGCCUUGCGUUGUCCUGAUGGAACACAACACCUCUUCUGUUAGCCAAUUCUGGUCAAUCGCUAGCUUCAAACGAUCCAGUAGUUCACAGAGAUUCAAAUUUAGUAUAUUGCACCUAAAAAAAUAAAAGAUAAAUAAAAUAAAUGGGGAUCAGCAAGGGUAGGAGCCUGCCCGUUGAUCUCAACUGUUCCUAUCUAACGCUUUAACGAAGAUCAGAUGACAUUUCUAUAGAUUGGGCGUGAACUGGGAACACACGCCUGGUUUUGGCUCUGAAAAACGGUUUUUGAAGGUGGUUAAGUGAGUAGAUGCGAACGAGUCAGAGCGCUAUAACACUCCCGGGGAAAGUCUCCCGGGUCACUGGAGACUUAGGGGUGCGUCUGUUCUCUAUGUUAAGGGCGGCGCCCCGAAAACGUCAUGCUGGCAGGGUAGGACUCUAAAACACCUUCUCUCCCCACUGUCUCCCGGGAAAAGGAGAUAUACUCAUGAAAUGAAGCUUGGAUCAAGAAGAAUAUUAAAAGGGUCCCCGAACUAGAACUGGUCCUGGAACGGGCGUAAGAGCAAGUGACCAGCGGCUGAAGAGAGAUGUGCAAGAGCGGGCUACCAGCCGGGUUCAACCCAAACCGGACCCUUUGUCGCUUCCCAGGAUCCCGAAGUUGCAGAGUUCCCGCAGACUGACAAGUGCAGUAAAGCUCAUGAACGAGCACGUUUUUCUUUCGCCGCACUUAUUUGAUGCUGAGAACAUGGAGGAGCUGCAACUGACUGACUCUACAAAGCGCCAAGAACAAAAUCGGAUGUUCAGAGAUAACGAAAAAGCGUUCUACGACUUCAUAAGCGACGAGAAGUCCGACUACAGAGAAGGUUUGUCAGAUAUUGGCGAUGUGACGAACAUCUGGAUUGGUAUUUGGGAAAUCCCAGUACAGUACGAGGAGAGUUGUGGUGGAAUAAAAUAGGUGCCAGCUAUCAUAGUCGAAAAAAACGAUGUCCCGGAGCCUCGCGGCACCCGAGGAACGGGCCAGCAACGGGUUCCGAUGGUGUUUAGAACUUCUGGAACAAAAAGCUGACCGUUGUACAUCCAAAGAUAGCUGAGUGCUACAACAAGGUGCUACGUGACCCACAAAAUCUACCUGAACUCGCCAACCCUGGCUCACCUGUCUCCUUCCGAAAGAGCAACUCAUCGAACCCAUCAAAGUACAGACCGAUAACGUGCCUAUCGAGUCUGUACAAAAUGUUAAGCAGAGAGGCCGGAGUGUACCAUCUUCAAUCGGCACGGGAAAGAGUAUCACUACCACGCAAGAAAGGGGAACUUGGAAUCGCCGACAUUUCCGCACUGUGUGUUGCCCAGGUGCGAGAACUGCGCAAGUACUUGCAGAACGCGCCAAUCAAAACGCGCUAUACCGGGCUGUCUGCACCGCUGACAGAGGAUACAGAGGAUUGGCAUAAGCGCAGUGUCAACACCAUUGCAAUCUACAGACAGUGGAACAGAAGAUUGCAGCUUGGAAGCAGAAGGCAGUGCAUGGUGCCCACCAUCAACAUCAGGAGCGGCCACACGUCGACAAGGUCGCAUCUAAUCUGUGGCUAACGCGUGGUGAACUCUCUUCAGUAAUAGAGGCCGACAUGAUAGCCAUCCAGUACAGGAUAAUGGCGACAAGAAACUGCAGGCGGUACGUCUGGCAUCAAGACGUCAAUGUGCCACCAUCCCCAAGAAAACAUAGAGCGUAUUAUGGGAGGCUUUCCCUUUUUCGCCAACGAAGCCCUCACCGAGCACCUCAAUAACGUGACCCGCUUUGUCCAUAGACCACUGGAGCUCCAAUGUGGUCUGUUGGAAGACAACGUUCCCAAUUCCCUGCACCUGCACCUGCACCUGUCUUGGAAAAUCACUGUUUCAAGCUGUACUCGGAUCGCAUUGUUCUGUCCGACCUAUCGAUACAUCACAAGCCAGGUAUACGACAAGAGCGACCUACAAGUCACCGUAAUCGAUAUCGCUAUUCCACUGAACCAAAAUCUAGAGGAGACUUACGAUCGCAAAAUCGAUCGAACUGUGGGGGCUAAGGGAGGUCCCAAGAAUUGUUCCAGUCAUUCUCUCUGGAACUGGAACUGUCCCGAAGACUCUUCUGGAAGCGCUUAAGCUAUUGAACAUGAAGAAGGAAUUGGUCGGCAUCCAAAAGCACCUGGCUUGUAUUAUCGCCUCUGUUAAAGAAAAAAUGUAAAAUUUACGGAAUUUUUUCUUUGUUGAUUUCCAUUGUUCACGCCCUGUAACUCACAAUUUAGUGGAACAAACAAAAAACAUCAGAAAGAAGAAUGAGAAAAUAAUGGAUUUCUUUUUCCCCAACCUUAUAUUUGUUGAAAUCAACAAUCACUCCGUUCAGUGCUGUUUUUAUAGUAGCUCGCAUGAAUUUCAUCCAUCAAGUUUAGUCGCAAUUCAUUUGAAAUGAUUGAUUUGAUAACAGUUGUUACGCAAGGUUUUUCCUAUCUGUUACAAUGAGUUGUAAAUGUGUGAUUCAGUUUCCGCUUGCAAGUGUUCCUAGCAUUUAACUUCACAAUCAACUAUAAUACUUUAAAAUUUUGCAGUUUAACAAAAAAAGACACUAGCCAUAAAAUGCAGUAACGCUAUCUUCCGAAAAACACGUCACGAAUAUAUCAGCCAAAACGCACCAUCUAGAAAAUACAGCGCACUUUAAUCUACUCUAUCAUUCAACACUAAUAAUACCUUAAAAAGUACAAUGCGGUCUUAAGGGCAAAUAGCAUGUCUUCUAUGGAGAGCCUUGCAACAGAACUGUUUAUCAACCAAUUGAAGCUGACGGAACAGCCACAACACGUAUAUUUAGCACAACACAAAAGGUUAAAACAGUAAGAUCAUGAGACAGCAAACAUAUAUAACAUAUAGAUUAUUACAUAGCAAAUAGGAGUAAUUGUAUUUGAAGCAAUUUUACCUCACGAUAAAAGCAGAUAUACAUAUAUUACAAUACGAUCGGAUCAUUGGCAAUUUUCGUAAAAUUCUUAUCUACACUACUGUUAGUAAUGCACUACUAGUUCUUUUCUACUCCACCUUCCCAAAAGCUCCCUCACAACAAAAAAGAAAGACAGUCGGGGAAAAUGCUGGCUAUUAAUGCAUUUGAACGAUGAACAAUGGCGUAAGCAUUUCUCCAUUUGUUAACCAUAAAUUUUUUUUUUAUUGUGAAUCCUGUAGAAAGUUAAACCUUACACCACAAGAAGUAACUCAAGUGAGAAAUCAAAGAGAUUUUGCAUAGCAACCAAACUGCAGCUGAUUAUGCUUAGGAACAAGAUGGAAAGGAAAAAAAUAAAUUCCAAUGGGUGAAAAAUCUUUGAAAGUUUUAUUUUACUGGAAACAUUCUCACCUAGUGAAAUUCAGCGUUCGAUGAGAAUGUUAUUAAUGUCAGUUGAAUAACUACUACUCAUACCGUUUUCUAUUUGUGAGUUUGCUGUGUUGUAUCGUUGGGUGUGUUCUCUUUAUUUAUCCUUUUCUGAAUUUAUUAAAUAUUGGGUUGUCUGGAAAGUUCAUGUCGCCACUGAUGAAAAUCUACUCGAGACGCUGAUCGAGAACAAUCAUCGGUUCACGAGACAUGAAUUAUCAGACUCACUACAGGUAUCUGAAACCACCGUUCCUGAGCAUCUGGUAGAGCUUGGUUACGUAAAUCGCUACGAUAUAUGGGUUCCACACCAUUUGACGGAAAGACAUUGAAUGGAUCGCAUCUCUUCCUAUACGAAUCGUUUUAUAAAUGCUAUGGAAACACGCCGUUUUGAAGCAAAUCGAACCCAAUAAUUGCAGGAUGAAUAAUUUACAGCAGCAUUGAGUGGAAACAAAUUAUGGUUAAGCGAAAGGAACAUUCAUUUGUUUAUCAACCACCAAAAUCAACCCCUAAACAACAUCUGCUGCGCUGUGUUAAUUCAAUCUAAUGAGGGCUGCUCACCGUUGCCGCGAUCCAGGACAAACAAAUUAAAUGCCGUGAUCAGAAACAGUCAAUAAGAAACAUUUUGACAACUCGGCAAAUUUUGUUGGAGUUUGACUGGGAUGAGCUCGCCAUACUUAACUGAUGUUUCAGAUUAUCACUUUUCAUCUCACUUUCUGAUUAUCAGUUUUUCGGAUCUUUGCAAAAAUUUGAAAUACGAAGAACAUCGAUCCUUGAUGGCGUCGAAAAUCCCAUGACCAACUUUUCGACGCAUUAUCAAAAAAAGCUGCGUG